AUGUACUUUGAGUUGGAUGUUGCUGUUGCUAUUUCUAUGGCCAUGUUUUUCUAUGUGUGUGGAUACGCAGUGAUCAGUGGACCACGAGGAUGGUUUAGCGUUCCUUUACCCCAGAGAGCUAAAGGUAUGGUAUCCGCUUUGACAAUGACAGUUUCCAUGUCGUUCAUGAGCUUAAUGGCCUACAUAUCAACACCUGUUGUAUGCGUCUGCAAGGAAUACAUUGUUCUCAUUUUCGGCUUGUAUGCUGUAGUGAUGGAAACCUUCAUUUGUCUUUUAGUUCCAGAAACGAGAGACAUAAGUGAAGAAGAAAUGAAUGUGAAAGCAUGGGGACAACAUCGAAUUUGGAAGAAGUGCAUCCGAUGA